CAAAUUACUUUUAUGUUUCUCGAUUAAACGUAACUGGAAGAGGUUAGUGGCGCCCCCAGCUCUCGGCCCGGAGACACGCCUUAAACGCCUUAAAGGGUUCAACGGAUUACGGACUCUGUCAAUAAUAAUAGUCAUCAUGGAACAUUCUUUGCUACCAUUUGUAGUAAGUUCUGAAAAUCCCCAUAAUUUUGAAAAAAAAUAUUACAAUAUAAUCUGUCACUUGUUCAUCGAUGGAGCGCUUGUAGUACAGACAUUCUUCGUAAUGUCAGGAUGUCUUUUAGCCUAUAAUUUAAACCUGUUAGCAGAGAAGAAAACAAUAUCCUGGACCAUGAUACCAAAAGGUAUCAUCUUGAGAUGGCUAAGAUUGACGCCAACGUACGCUCUAGUUCUUGCUGUAACCACGACAUGGUUGAGAUUUGCUGGAUCUGGGCCAUUGUGGCAGAGCACAGUUGGCGUCGAAGUGAAGGACUGCCGGCGCGACGGCUGGCUCAACCUGAUCUACCUCAACAAUUACAUCGACGAAUCACAGUGCAUGCCUCAGACAUGGUAUAUUGCAGCAGACAUGCAGCUGUACGUGGUUGGACUUAUAAUCUUCUCCCUCGUGACUACCGCGGUCGCCAGACGCGUGGUCCUCAUCGUAUUGUUUGUGGUCAGCCUAAUCAUCCCUGCCUGUCACACGUACUUACAGAACUUGGACGCUGGGUUGAUCAUCUCCCCAGAGUUAGUUCGUGAUUAUUUUGUGAAGGAUCCAACAUUCAAUAAUACAUACAAAAGAGGACAUACUAACUUGGCCAGUUACAUAAUGGGACUCGGACUAGGAAUGUUGAUUUAUCACUUGCAGAAGAAAGACUUCAAUAUUGAGAGAUUUAAGAAAUACAGAUGUAUUUACUGGGCAAUAGCUCCAUCUAUGCUUAUCGUUUUGCCUUCGGGAUCUUUCUUUUAUUUCUACGAAACUGAAGCUCCUAUUAUUUUGAAAGCAAUAUUUUCGGGAAUCGCUAAGCCUGUAUUCUCAUCCAUUAUAUGUGUCAUUGUUCUGGGAAUGGCCUUUAAAUUUGAAGAUGUGUACAGAGGCAUAUUAGAAUGGAACGGCUGGGCGUCACCCGCUAGAGUCUCCUACUGCGCGUACAUUCUGCAUGUACUCUUCGUCAGGACUUUGACAGGCUCACGGACAACUUUGAUGCACGUCUCUAUAGCCCAUGUUCUUUUAGUAUGCAUGGGAACUGUUAUGAUCUCGUAUUUGGUUUCCUAUCCGUUCUGGUUACUGGUUGAAGCACCAUCGAUAGCUUUAUCCAAAAUAAUAUUACCGGGAGCCAAAGUGGAAAAGGAUAUCGAAAAUGAUCCUACUAAGAGAGAAAGAAAUCACGCUUAGGCCUGCCGUACAAGGUCAGACAGUCGACAGUGGUCGAGUAGUCACCAUGCUGUAAGCGACGUUUUUGGGACGACUGCAAACUGCGUUCGUUUAUGGCAUACGUCAAUUGCUGCAGAUGCUUGAAGCUGUUCGUGUACGUCAGUAUUUAUUAAUUUCGG